AUGGAGGUUGUUGUUAAGAAAGCUAAAAUGGAUGGUGCAGUUGAUAAAGGCUGUGUGAAGUCACUGCUUUAUGAUGCAAGGAGGGAUGAUGCCGGACACUUGUUAAGUGCUGAAAAGCAGCUUACGUCAGAUUUUUUUACACUGAAUCCUAAUAAUGGAAUUUCACACAUGCACUAUGACUCAGAGACUGUUGUAAAUACAAAGGAGACUAUGUUUGGUGACUUCCAAGUUGGCUCAUGUCUUUCAUAUCAGCUUUCCUUUACAGAGUCAAACUUCAAUGCUACAGCAGAUAUAGAUAAUGUUAMCAGACUACCUACASCACUUCUWAACCCUGUAUUCCCAAGAUUCCCGCUGUCUGAUGUGUCUGAGGAAAUGGUUGUUCCUGACAACCUAUCACCUCCUGAAYYUGAACUCCUAGACAAAUUGAAYAUCCRAGAAGUUGAUAUUUCAACCAUAGAAGAACAAACCAGGAUGCAAUCUCGAUCUGACCKUUGGAAAGAAGAGAGAAAAUUUAGAUUCACUGCAUCUAAUUUUCACAGAAUAUCAAAGCGUGUGAGGAAUCACGACACAUUUGCUAGUGAACUCAUUGAUCCAAAGCCUUUCUCAUCAAGAACUGUAGAGCAUGGGAGACGAUAUGAGCCCAUUGCAUUGAUGGAGUAUGAAAAAUUUAUGCACAGAAAGAAUAUGUCCGUUCAAGUUUUGAAAUGUGGCUUUGUUAUUGACAAAGGACUCCCCAUCUUAGGGGCAUCACCUGAUGGUAGAGUUAUUGAUGUUGGCUGUGUGCACCCCUAUGGGAUUGUGGAAAUCAAAUGCCCAGCUUCAAAAUUUAAUGUAACACCACUUGAUGCAUGCGGCGAUGAAGGAUUUUACAUGGAAAAGACUGGGGACAACAAAUGCUCUCUGAAGCGUACCAGCAAUUACUACGCCCAGGUGCAAGGUCAGAUUGCCAUUACCGGUGCACAAUGGUGUGACUUUGUUGUGUACACUAAAGUGGGGAUGUACAUACAGCGAAUUACUCUUGAUGUGCCCUAUUGGGAAGAGCUGAAAGAAAAACUCACUACAUAUUACUUUAAACACUUUNUUUCACAAUUAUUAUUUGACCUUUGUUCCAUAUCAAUUUGA